AUGCAGCCGACCCCCGAUCGACUCGGCGAGCGUGGACCGAUCAUCGAGAACCUCUUCAACGUCACCCUGGUGCCAGGAUCUUUCAUUGGGGCGCAGUAUUGGGACCCAAUCCAUGGCCUACGUUGGCUCGACCUCUUUGGGGCAUUUGGCGUCUCAAGCGUAGCGGGCGGCGCUUUCAACUUGGAGGUCUUCUUGACCUAUCGAUUACCCCGCCCGAAACGGGUCGAAUGCUCCUCGCUUGGCCCAACCUCAUUCAAGACGAUUCCUGAGUUACACCGGAAGGGCAGCGACAAGUCGAAUAAUGUUACGGUCGAGUUCCCGGAUGCUGAUUCUUUUAAUAAA